AUGGCCAGCGCAAAGCAGUUUGUCGAUGAGGGGAUCAAGAAGAACCAUGUGAUGGUUUACGGAAAGUCGUACUGCCCUUACUGCCAGCGCGCCAAGAAGCUGCUCGAGGGUGAGACGAGCGAGAUGGAGUACAUUGACCUUGAUAAGCGCGAUGACGGAUCCGACAUCCAGGCCUACCUCAAGCAGCUCAACGGCCAGGGUACCGUCCCCCACGUUUACAUCGGACAGGAGUUCAUCGGCGGGUGCUCCGAGCUCCAGGCUGUCCCCAAGGACGAGCUCAAGAAGAAGCUGUCCAAGAAGUAG